AUGAACAAUAUUCAAAAAGAAGAAGAACAAGAACAAGAAUCAACAACCAACUCAAAUACAGAAACUAAUCUAAUAGUUGAAGACAUUAGUAAUACUAUUGAAAUGUUGGAUAUAGAUAAAUCAGAAUAUACUAAAAUACCAGAGCUAGUAACAGUAAGUGCUAAAGCUGGAUCAACAUCAUCAAAUGAAUCAAUACUACUAAAUAAAGAUUUUCAAGAUUUAGAACGACAAAAACAAGAAAAAUUAAAACAUCCAUCUUCUCAUUUAACAGAUUUAGAAGAUUUACCACAAGGAAGACAUUUAGGUUUAUUUUCAACUAUAAUUUUAUUUAUAAGUAGAAUUUUAGGUAGUGGAAUAUUUAGUAUAACAUCUGGAAUAUAUAUUGAUGUUGGACAAUCUCCUUUUUUAUUUUUUUUAGCAUGGUUUUUAGCUUGUAUUGCAUCAUUUGGUGGACUUUAUGUAUUUUUAGAAAUGGGAUCAUUAGUUCCAAGAAGUGGUGGAGCUAAAGUAUUUUUAGAAUUUAUUUAUACAAAACCAAAAUUAUUAGCAACUGUUGCUUAUUCAAUAUAUUCUGUUAUGUUUGGAUUUACUAUUAGUAAUGUAUUAGUAUUUGGUGAAUAUUUUGUUCAUUCUUUAGGUUUUGAAGUUACUCCAUUUAGAUUAAGACUUAGUGGAUUGUUGUUUUUAUAUGGAGCUGCAUUAGUUCAUGGAGUAAGUGUAAGUCAUGGAGUGAAAGUUCAAAAUAUAUUAGGUGGAUUAAAAUUAGUUUUAGUAGGUAUAAUGAUGUUGACAGGAUUAUACGUUAUGCUUUUACCACAAAGUAUCACUAAGUUGGAAAAUAAUUUAACUUGGGAUACAUUUUGGACAGUGAAAGGUUCAGCUAGCUUAGCUUCGUUUUCAAGUGCUGUGAUUAAAGCUAGUUUUGCAUUUAGUGGUUGGAAUUCAGUUCAUACUGUCUCCAACGAAAUUAAAGAUCCAGUUAAAACAUUGAAAAUUGCAGGUCCAGUUUCAUUGGCAGUUAUGACAGUUACUUAUUUCAUUAUAAAUUUUGCAUAUUUGAAAGUAAUACCUGAUGAAGAAAUAGUUAAUUCAUCAACUUUAGUAGGAUCUGUUUUAUUUGAAAAAAUAUUAGGUGAAACUUUAGGCCGUCAUUUUUUAACAUUUUCAAUUGCAUUAUGUGCCGGUGGUAAUAUCUUUGUUGUUAUUUAUACAAUAUCAAGAGUAGAUCAAGAAGUAUUUAGAGAAGGUUAUUUACCAUUUUCAAAAUUCAUGGCAUCAAAUUGGCCAUUUGGAGCACCUUUAAGAACUUUAAUUUUAAGUUGUUCAAUCACAACUUUAAUUGUUGUUGGAUUUCCUAAAGGGGACGUUUAUUCAUAUAUGGUAUCAUUAGAGGGUUAUCCUCAACAAAUUGCCGUAGCAUUGAUUGCUAUUGGUAUAUAUAUCAUUCGUAAAAGAUAUCCUGAUUUGCAUGCACCUAUAAAAGCUGGCUUUUUAGGUACUAGUUCAGUAUUUUUAAUUAGCAUUUAUUUAAUAAUUGGACCUUUUAUUUCAUCGGGCUCACCAAACCCCAAGGGUUUGGAAAAUUGGCCAAAUUAUGCACUGGUUGGAACUAUUUGUAUUUUAAUUUGUAUUUUAUAUUGGGCUAUGAUGUUUAAAAUCUUACCUUGGUUUGGAAAUUAUGAAUUAGUAAGUGAAGAAGUAAUAUUAAGUGAUGGUUUAACAAUCAAACAAUGGGAUAAAAUUCAUAAUUAUUCAAAUAUACCUUAUAGAUCAAUGAUGGAAGAAACUAGCGGAUAG